AUGCUCCAAAUACCCUCCACGCCGACAGAGUUCUCCAACAGGACAGCUGUGGAUAUAAGCAUUUCGCCGGUGGACACCGCCGCAGAUGCGGACGUGGCAGCUGUGUCAAACUUAAGAAGGCCACGGUCCCAUUCGUACUACAGUCUUGAGGAUGCGAAGCAGUAUGGGGAGGUUACGGAGAAAGCGGACGUCCAAAUCAGACCGCGCUCAAGGUCCUUCUACAGCUAUGAAACAUCGGAGAACUAUAACGAAGAAAGUUUCACCAGGGCAAACGCCAGGAGUCCGCCAGAAAUCUCUCUUCUGCCGAGCGAAGGCAGGAAAGAGAUGAGUGUGGAUCCAAUCCUGACAAGGUUACUCGCUAAGAUGCCAAAGGCAAGCAUUAACAAAAACAGUCCAUCAAAGGAAAUGAGCGGCAGCAGAGGCAAUUUAAAAGGCGAGCCCAUGAUGACCAUCUCCGAAUCGGACAACUGGGAGAUCAGCUCUUGCUCCGGGAUGAAGUACGGCCAGUUCGUGGACUGGGAGAAGAUCGACCCCGAGUCUGCCGAGCGCCACCGGACGAUCCUGAAGAGCGACCAGCGCGAGCUCAAGGCCAUGGGUCGGAGCGGCUACUGGUCCACGCCGCACACGCUGAGGGCCAAGGCGUACUACCACAUCAUCCACGGCCUCAACAGGAGGUCUGCCACGCCGGACAGGGACAUCUACCAGGAGCUCGCCGGGCAGCUCUUCGGAGAGCACAGGAUGAGCACGCACCCGUUCCCCGAGUACAUGGAGAACGGCCUGAUACCCAGGUACUGCCUCAACAAGGCGGGCCUGAACUCCGUCAAGAAGAUCCUGCUCUGCGUGGGGAGGCGCUUCCCCGAAAUGAACUUCUGCCCCAUCCUGCCGGCGCUAGCGUCGCUGCUCCUGCACUUCAGCGAGGACGAGGCCGAGUGCUUCCACAGCGUGUGCCGCCUGGUCGCCUACGACGACCCCGACAAGCGCUACAUAGACCAGACCUUCCUCACCUACCGGGCCUCCUGCAUGACCUUCGGCGACCUGGCCAACAAGUUCUGCCGCGGCGUCCGCAAGCUCAUCGCGGCCUCCAACCAGAACCUCUUCGAGUUCUACUCCGACUGGAUCGUGUGGAUCUUCGCGGACCUGCCCUUCACCUACGCCAUCCGGGUCCUGGACGUGUACCUCCUGGAAGGCUACAAGGUGCUCUACAGGGUGGCGCUGGCGCUGCUCAGCCUGUACAAGGUGUCCGUGGCCUCCCGGGUCGCCCACGUGGAGGACUUCCGGCAGGACAUGAAGAGCUUCGUGGAGAACAUCGGGCGCCACGUCACCACGGAGAAGCUGAUGGAGAGGGCCUUCAGCAUUCAGCUCGCCACGCGGAGGGAGCUCCACGCCCUCUUCAACGCCAACAAAGACGCCCUCGUGCAGAAGGGCAUCAACAAGCACCAAAACACGCAGUCAUACAUAGCGGUGGAUCUGGAGAACUUCAGCUCCAGUGUGGUAACUGGGACAGAGAUGAGGAUCGUCUGGGCCUGGAUUCCAGAGCGCUUUGCCCUCUUCCCUCCCACCAUACUCUUCAGCACCAGCGAGCACGGACACAGCCUGGCCUCGUUUUAUUCCCAUGUUGAGGGUUACGAGCCAACCGUCUUGCUUUUGAAAACUGUAGAUGAAGGGGUCUGUGGUGCCUUCCUGUCAUCGGACUGGAUUGUGAGAACAAAGCAUGCUGGGAAAGGCCUCUCUUUCUUUGGGACCGGUGAAUGCUUCGUGUUUACCCUGCGGCCAGGGAUGGAACGCUACCAGCGACCCAUACUCCAGCUCUCGGACGUCCUGGACAGAGCUUCGCCCCCGCCCAAGUCUCCAGGCGCCCCUCGGACCACUGCUGCUCCUGGGAACGACGACGAGGUCACGCCCACGACCAUGACCCGUCCUGCGGGCACGCCCCAGAACCCCAACUUUCUGACCGUUCCCUUCCCCGUCUCCCCCGGGGGAUCCCCGGUCGUAUCGCAGAGGAGAACCAAAGCGGAGCGCCCCCUUUCUGCGUCCAUGUUCAUGGCAGGGGACGAGGACAGGCUCAUCAUCGGUGGAGGCGGGGGCCAGGCACUGUGCAUCGAAGCCGACCUGAUGACCGGGCGGACGGAACGCUGCGACACCUUCGACAGUUCCCCCCUCUGCAAGAGAAACUUCCGGAUUCAGUCGCUGGAAGUCUGGGGGAUUCAGAACUCUGCCGCCUUCUCCCCCGCCGCCUCAGUAGAAACAGGCUAGAACACCGCACGAACUGUAUCUAGAUGCGUUGGGUUUCCGUUGGUUUUUCCAUUACAUGUCAAGAUUCAGUCCACUCAAAAUAUAUUUUGAGGGAGAUUAGAAAAAAAAAAAUUUAAAUCAUGAGUUUGAAAGUGCACAGUGAGCAAUUUCCAUACUUAUUUUCUCUUGCCGUAUGGAGAAUGUAGUGUUAUCAGAAGCAUAUCUUUUUUGUUUGGUUGUGCCUCUGUAGAAUAAUGUAUUACUGUAAACCAUGUCGAUAUUUAUGUUGGGUUGGGUUUUUAGAAGCUUUAAAAUGGAAGAUCAUUUUAAAUGAAUAGUCAUGCUAUGUACACACAUAUACAGUAUAUAUAUAUAUAUUAUAUAUAUAUAUAUAUAAUGUAUAUAUAUGUCUCACAAUAUAUCCCCACGGGCUCGGCUACUAGUGUUUGAUAUGUCUUUCCUAAGGCCCGGCAAUGCAUUUCUGUCCCCUGUUCUGUUCUGCAGGUGAUAAGUCUAUAUAUAUAAGAACCAUAUAUUCUGCUGCACUGAAACCUACACUACAAGGGACUUUCAGUAAGAAAGAAAAUAAAUAUUAUUUUUUGAAA